AUGGGCUGCUGCGGGAGCGUUUCGGAUCCGAGCACCUACCUGAAGCCCCAUGCUCCAGGAAAGACGCUCGUGCAGGGCCUGGUGGGUGCUGGCCCCGCCCGUCCUUUUACCAUCGAGCCGUGGAUGACUUCGCAGAAGACGAAUCCCGUUAAGAUGCUGGCAAUGACCGAUUCUCAGAACCAGGUGGUCUUCUCGGUGUCCGGCAAGUGCCAUGCAAGAGAGGAUUCCCAGGUCGUGGAUGCAUCUGGCAACACAGUGGCUGUGCUGCGCACGGCGCAGAAGACGGCUCCCGGUUCGGGGGCCGGCUUUGAGCAGACCAGCUGGUUGAUUCUGGGCACCACACCGCGGGUGGAAGGUCAAACACCACAUCCGGAGCCGGGCUAUGGACAGACGCUCUACCUCUGGGCGAAGCUCACGCGCUAUCCCAUGACCAACACAGCCAAGCUCUUCUUAGUUAAGCAGAAUGGCCAGCUCGACGAGACUAGUGAUGACUUCCGUGUGAACAUGAAGAUCGGUCUGCGGCCGCAGAAGUUUGAGGCAUGGUCCUCUGCUGGCGGAGCCAUGGUGGUCGAUGCCACUCGACCCCUAAUUACUGGUUACCAGUGUAGCUCGUUGAAAGGGCAUCAUGCUUCAGCGACCUGGUUGAGGUGUUUAGAGUCCAUGGUCCAGGGUCGAGCUUGGUGUAGGACUUACUACCGGAAACAGUUUUGUUGCCGAGAUUGCCAUAGCUCUGUGGCAGUAGGAGCAGCAGCAGCAGCAGUAGCAACAGUGUCAGUCGUAGCAGUAGCAACAGAGCUGGUAGUGGUAGGAGUGGUGGUGGUAGUAGUGGUAGUAGUGGUCGUAAUGGUCGUAGCGGUCGUGGUGGCCGCAGUGGUAGUAGUAAUGGUAGUAGUAUUGGCAGUAGUAAUGGUAGCAGUAGUAGUAGUAGUAGUAGUAGUUGUUGUAGUAGUUGUAGUAGUUGUGGUAGUGUAG